UCUGAAAAUCUGGGUAUGUUUGCAGAUUUCAAGGCCACGGGAUAUCGAAUAUCACUUAUUUGUAAUUACCGCCUCGGCUAGUUACAAAUUAACGAAUACUAGUUAUAUCACUCAGUGUUAUUUCCAUAUUUUAAAGCAUUUUUGGAACAUAUGCACAGCGUGGGCAACGGAAAUUAAGCCUGCCGGACACACCUUAAUGUCUGCUGGUCCUAAGCCCAGAUAAAAAGGUGACGGAUUUCCACUAAUGCCGUAGUUUCAUAUAAUCUUCACAAAGCAAGAACGGAAAAUGAGUGACGCGUGCAAAUUAAAGUUGAAACAGGCGCAUGCUAUUAUUUGUGUAGUCUUAAACGGGUUUCUGACGUUUGUUUUUCUGCUCCUUAUAACAGUCUGGGCUGUUGUCAGAGCACGAUAUACUUUUCCCCAAGUAAGAUCAACAUGCCUUUCUUGCGACAAUAUGAACUCUAAAAGUUCAGGCCUAAGAGAUGGACAUACCGCUAUCGAAAUGAGAGAAGAUGGGAUUUGCUGUGGACCUGUCGAAAACAUAAUUCAGAGUUUGUUACAAAAGGAAAUGGCUAUGCAGUACUAUGAGUAUAACAAAAACAGUCGAACUCUGCUUGACGUACUAGACGAACCGAUGCUUGCUGACUGUGAAAGAGAAACAAACAACAGACAGCCCGUUGCAAAAGUUGUGGGAAUGAAAAAGUUCAAACCUAGCUACACAGUUGACGGUCAUUCCAGAAUUCUGUGGAAUAAAAACGGACGAACAUUUUCAGCGAACAAUUGCGUCCACUUAGAACUGGAAGGAGAAAUAUUUGUCCGACAACCUGGCUACUACAUUGUUUCCUCGCAACUGAAUCUUAUACGACAAAAGGAGACAGGUACGCCUAGAAAUGAAACCGGACCGACGAUCUUCAAUCAUCAUGUCGAUCUCCUUUCACAUCAGUAUGGCACGACGGGUAUCCUCAUGCAAACCAAGAAAUCAAUUGAAAGGAAUGACGUCUACUAUUCUAGUUUCCUGUCAGCGGUUUUUAAGCUAAACAAGCAUGAUAGGCUCUCUGUGUCUGUAUCGAAUCCUGAAUAUUUAGAUAUUGACAACCCCAACGAUCAUUUCCUGGUUUAUUAUACCUAUGAUCUGCCAUACUAAAAUUGGAAUUGAUUUUAUUAAGCAAUUAAUUAUUUUUGAGAUCUCUUUCUCGUCCUCUUAUAUCCUUGUGAACGAAUUAAAAAUAUAGGCUUUUGAUAAAUGUUUUUAAAAAAGAAAAAAACAACGUAGUACCAAAACAUAUUGGGGUAUAAUUAAACUAUCGUUUAACCGGAUACAUGCAAGAAAAAUAUCUUCACUGCUAAAAAGCUGAUAAAAUAAUUAUACAUAAGCCUAUCGGAACACCAUCAAUUAAAAUAUUUCUGUGUUUAAACUCUUAAACAACCGAUGCCCUGAAGACAUGAAAGGUCUGAUUACUUGCUCGAAAUAUGAAAUGUACAAUUAGCGAUUAUAUUGAAAACAAAUAUUGUCCAAAUUACGUUUAAACACAGCACAUUAUUCUAUUACCAAAGCAGACUCAAAACAAACUAGAGAUGUGUGCUAUGCUUUGAAGGUACUAUCGUUUAAAUCAAAAGGCCAAAAUGAUUUACUAAACAUAGAUCUGAUUAAUUCAAAGAGAUCAGACAAUAAUUUUCGGCACCAGAAGAACAAUAUUGCUACAUUUACAAAAAAACAUAUAAUGUCAACAUUUUAUACAUAAAUUUUAUACAUUGUGCUGUUCUAUGUUUCUUGUUUGUGAUUCUGUGUUCUAUGUUUUUGGCGUUUGCCCAUUGGCACUAAACCGGGUUUAUGUUUAAACUUUUUGCUACUGAGCAUGUUUUUGUAGCUUUUUGCAUAUAUAUUGCUUGUAUUAGCAAAGACAUAGUGCAUACAGCUUUUCGAGCAAAUUAACGCAACAUAUUUCGUCAGUUUCGAAGCACAAGACAUAUGUUAAAGUAAACCUUAUCAAAAACUAAGUAAUCGCCAAAACAACACUCUUUAUAUUUGGUUCCGUUUACAGGCGUGUUGCAAAUACUAAAUGUCUGUUUGAAAUAAGGUGAUAUUGUUAUAAAGACAUAUUAACCAGACAUAGAUCAAUAGAUGUCUUGAUGUCUAUUUCAGCGAUUUUGAAUCCCAAAGCAUUUUUGCAACAAAACUGUUUAAAUAAACUUAUGGUGGAUGUAGUUGGGGAGAUGGUUCUAGCCUAGUGCCUCUUAACUUCAACUUCAACGUUUAUUGGCAAAAUUCGGCAUACAAAUGCCUAUGGCCAUUAAACACAUGGUCAUAAUGAUAUCAUCAACAAACACAAUUAUUAAAUAGAACAGUAGAGUGCACAAUACAAUAAAGACACAAAAAAUAACAAUAUAAUAACAAAACAAUCUGUAAAUGAUUGUUAUUUACACCCUUUUGUACAACAUAUUUUUCUACGGGAAACAAUCUAUAUUUCGAUUUAUAUGUUUUCUCAUUUGUUUAACUGGCUAAACUCAGACUUUAAAGCAUACAUUUAUUUAACAAAGGGGAAACUAUGAGAAAAAUGCUAUAUAAAAGGUCUACUCGUGGAUGCUCAUUAUAAUGUUUUACAUUGAAAGGUUAACCAAUAUGUAUUAAACAUAAGCAAUCUCGUUCGUUACUUUUCAUUUAAAUGAUUAGGCGGUCACUUUUAUUUGUAAUUAUUUAUCAAUAUAUAUCCGUGUUUCAAAGCGAUAACGUUUAUUUGUUAUCAUUUACUUAUUAUGUAUUCAUGUUUAAGGCAGUAAUUUCUAUUUUUAAUUAUUGAUCUAUAUAUAUCCAUGUUUAAGACGGUAACUUUUAUUUGUAAUUAUUUAUCAAAAUGUAUCCAUGUUUAAGGCGGUAACUUUUAUUUGUAAUUAUUUAUCAAUAUGUAUCCGUGUUUAAGACGGUAACUUUUAUUUGUAAUUAUUUAUCAAUAUGCAUCCAUGUUAAAGGCGGUAGCUUUAAUUGUAAUCAUUUAACGAUAUUUUAUUCGUAAUGACUUGUCGAUUUUUAUAGUGUAUCCAUGUUCCAAGCAGGCAACAUUCACUUUGCGAUUCAUAAAUAUAUAUUUAAUAUCCAUAUGUAAGCCACCUAACAUUUCGUUCUCUUUUUUAUCUUUAUCCAUGUUUAUUGCUUACGAUUGCUCUAUUUGUAAAGUGUAUCCAUGAUUAAAAGCGAUCUCUAUUGUAUUUUUACGAGUUAUCGAUGCAAAUAUCGAUAAAAAGUUGAUCCGGGUUUGAAGGCCAAACCUUGUAUCGUUAACAAUGUAUCGAAAAAUAUAGUUCACAAACGUUACUAGGCGAUAACUUUUAUUGUGAACGAUUUAUAGUGUAUGAGUUAAGAUAAAAGCGUUGAUUUUAAACGAUUUAUCGAUAUUAAUGGAAUGUUCAUUUUUCAAGACGAUCACUUUUGUUUUUACGAUAUAUACAGAGUAUUCAUGUUUUUAGCCGUUUAAUCUUUUUUGAUUUACUAAUAUUAAAAGCGGCGGAAUGGGAAGUAAAUCAAUGUUUUAAGAUGGUUAUUUUUGUGUUAACGAGUUACCGUUAUCAGAAGUGGAUCAAGGUUUCAAGCUGGUAAGAAGGCUUAAGUUUAAAUAUGUACCGAUGUUUAAACUAUAUACAUGUAUCAAGUCUUUAUCUUUUACGUAAAAAUGUAAAGCAUUAAUAUAAUAAUUGUGUUCUGUAUAAUUCAAACGUGUAUAUAUUACUUUUAACAAUCGUAUAGUAUUAUUUACCAUCUGUUUGGAAGUUUCAAUGUCAAAUACUAUUAUGAAUUCAACGUACGUUUUACCUGACGCUUCACCUCACCGCUUCACGUGAUAUUUCUUAACCAUUAGGUUUGUGAAGAAGAACAAAAUGGUUUGAUAAGUGGUCACCAGGCCGGACAAGUGGGUUUUCUCCGGGUACUCCGGUUUUCCAACAAUACAAGACGACACUCUCGCUUAACAUCGUGCCAACGGAAGUGAUUAAUAUGAAAUAAUAAAUGAUGUUGUAGUAAUUUGUUUCCCAAUUUUGGUUAAACUUAAGUUAAACUGUUUGCUUUUUAUAUAUGUUUAUAUGCUUUAUGGGAGUUGUUUGUGAUGUUUAAUACUUAUAUCUGUUUUUGAAGAUAGUGCCGUUAACUAUAUGAUUGCCUCAACUGAUUGUUUUCAAUAUAUAAGAACUAUUUCAAAGUUUAAAACAGUUGCAAAGAGCAUUUGUUUAACAUGGCUUCUAAUUGCAAAUAUGUAAAAGUCUUCUUUGCUAUUUUAUUAUCAAACCAUCCAGAAACAUUAUACAAAUGAAUAGUUAAAGGGAUGUUAUCAUGCUCAAUAUUUAUAAUAUGCCUGAAUGGAUGCAUUCCCGUGACACAACGUAUGACGCACUAAUGCUGUAUGGAAUGUAUAUAUUUUGGACCGGUGGUUAAACAAUCGACUUUACUUGGCUUGACAUGAGUGAAUCCAUGUUUCAAGCCUAUCUUUUUAUUUUAACGAUUAAUAUAUCGAUUAUUCAUAUAUUCAGUGUAUCAAUGUUUUAAACAACUAACAUUGUUUUUUUUUAAAAUGUCUGUUUCAUGAUGUUUUUUAUGUUAAUUGAUGUAUCGCUGUAAACGCUUUCUUGUGUAUUGCAUGUUGGCUUGUCUCUUAAUCUUAAUAAAUCCUAGAACUGAA